AUGUCCAGGCCGACAGGCCUGCUCGACCUGCCCGCAGAACUCCUCACAGAGAUCGGGACUAACGUCGUCGAUGGCUCCGAUGGCUACCAAGGACACACGGGAACGAAAACCUUAAAGGCCUGUCGGCUAACCUGCAAAACUCUCGCCUUUCACUUUCGUCCUUUCAUCCUACACACCGUCACUUUGCAGAAUGUCUCUCGACUACAAACUUUGUAUGACAUUCUGUCUGGGAACAAGGACUUUCGGUACCUCGUCAAGGCUGUGACGAUCAGGAUACUUUCGUGGCAUCAUUCGCCUUUGACGCACGCUGCAGUCUUCCCCGAGUUCCUGCAGCUCUUGACGAACGUCAGGAGUGUGGUGAUCUCGGGUGUGGAUUUUACGGGAUCGAGCAAUUCAGCUGUCCCUGAAGCUAGCUUGGACGCCAUCAUCGACCUUUGUACCCAACCGACUGUUCGCCAGCUCAAGUUCUUCCGAUGCACGUCGCUCCCUCCCAACAUCCCCUUUCAUCCUUCUUUGAACGACAUCACGAUCCAAAACACGUCAUUUAGGCUUGAAGACAUCAAAGACGACGAGGAGCAUCUCGAUUGGGGCAACAGCAAGAAUUUGAAACUGUCGUUCCUUUCAAAUAGCCAGCUGCAGAUCGCACCUCUUUUGAGGUCACCGCAUCGGCGGCUAUUUGGGCACGUCCACAAGUUGUCGGUCGAGGUCACUGGUGGCUCGCCACAUGGAUUCCUGGCUAUAGAGGAGGUGAUUAGGAUGUGUUCGAGGUCGGGGAGGCUUCGGGAUUUGGACUUGUCGUUCAACUCGCAAGAGAGUUUACGGGCGCCUAUCAUCGAUUCCGCCAAACUUGAUCUGACAGGAGCAACCGACCUUCGAGCGUUUCGCUUCGCAUACUCCAGAUCGACUGUCCCGGGCGUAUGGCGAAGCCUCAAGAUGCUGCACAAGAUGUUCUCGUCGGUCGAGCGCUGGAACGCUCUUCAGACUGUGAUCAUCGAACUAGACGUUGGGAUGAUCGACCCUAUUGGGCCGCUCAUACAAUCGGACAUGGGGUGGGAAGAGUUGGAUAGAAUGUUGUCGGAUGGAAAGGCGUUUCCGGCCCUGGAAUCGGUCAGGGUGGAGUUUCAGCUUCAUCAUGAUGGACUUUAUAUGCCCGAGUUGAAAGAGGCAGGUGUAGAGUAA